UGGUAACAUUACCUCCCCAUCCGGGCGAACGCAAGAUGGCCGCCCAUUUAUGUGGGCGCAAGGACAAUCAGAAAAGUGUUAUCCGUGUGUGAUAUUUCGUUUAUAUUUGUGAUAAUAACGUUAAAUACAACCAUUGUUCUGUGCAUGUGUUUAUUAAAGGUUUUUGUGCAAUAUUAUAUUAGUUAAACGUGUAAAAAAAAUCAUUUAGUGCAAUCAUCAGUUGGAAUUUCAUUACGAAAAAAUGUUCCUUGUUGAAUAGUGAUUAUUUAUUCAGUGAUACAACAGUUUGGUUCGUCAUGACACUCGUUGUUGGAUGAUAAACGUUGUUACAUUGAGGGAUGGAGAAAGCCAAAGCUUACAUAAAGAGUUCGUUGGCGACCAAACCUGAUUCUCCGACGCUGUUGCGCAAGUCCUCUACUCCGGCCCAGGGUGAUGAUGUCCGCGUGUGCUUCGUUUGCGGGGGCACCGGCUUCAGUGAUCACUACACGAUCCGAGUCAAGCCUGAUGCCCAGCAGAGCUCGGAGCCUUACUUCCCGUUUUUGGGCGCGCACGCUCCCCCCACCGGCUACAAGGCUGAAGGCGAUGACGAUGGCACCGUCAAGUGUUGCUGCGUCUGCUACACUUUCCUCCGGCAGCAGUGGGAGCAGUACGACAGAGAGAACAAACCCCACCACCAGAGGUUUUACUGGAUGAAGAGAUUGGACGGAAAACCUUUUAUCGGUGCGGACAUGUCCUUCCAAGGUGAAUACGCAGCGCAAGUGUUAGGACUCUCGAACGAUGCGUCGACUACCCCGGCUCCUCGGGAGGAGCCCCCCGCCGCCUCGCCCCGGCCCACCUCGAGGACUCUAUACCCUACUGACCCGGCGCCGCCUGCAUCCUCACCUUUCAGGAAAGAAGAGAAGGAAACGAAUCAUGUCAAUAAAUUUGUUAAUCAGCGGUUUCCCCCCGCGCCCGAGGAGGAGGGCGUGCUGGACCUGCGGGCGCGCGACCCCUCCGUCAUAUCGGUCGGCUCGCAGCACUCCGGCGCCUCGGAGCCCGCCGGGUACCUGGACGCCGUCAGGUCGACGGUGUCGGUGUACUCGGGCAACUCCAACUCCAGCUCGGACCGCGACAUCCUGGACCUGUCGAUGCCGGACAAGAACUCGAUGACGGAGGUGUGCUACGUCUGCGGCGACGAGUUCAAGCGCGGCACGCUCUACAACCUCAACACCAAGGAGCCCAAGGAUAAAACUGCAAAGCAACCCUAUUUCCCGAUCUUCGGCGAGCAGCACCCCCGGCCGCCGCGCUCCCGGCCCAAGGACGCGCAGGGCACCGUGCGGGCCUGCAGCGCCUGCCACCACCACCUGCUGCAGCAGUGGAACACCUACCAGUUACGAGGGGUACCGGCGAAUGAACGCGUCUACACUCUUCGGACCCGUCCCCCCUCCCUACUGCCUCCUUCCCCUCUAAGCCUGGCCAGUUCCGGUGACAAGAGUCUGGCGGCCCACACCCACUCUCCUUCCUUAGAACGUCCCGCCAGCCAGCCGUCAGUGCCUCCGACGACUGCGACCUUCGUGUGCUAUGUGUGCGGAGUCAGCACCCCCAGCUCUCAGUUGAGGCUGGUGUACUGCUGCCCCAACCCCGAGAGGGAGCCCUACUACCCGUUUAUAACGAGUCUGAAGCCCCACGCUGACGCCAGUCCUAUUAGUCCACAGGGUAUGGUACAGAUAUGCGCGGCGUGCUACAAGAGCAUACCGCACAAGUACCCGGCGUACGGCGAGAAUGGCGAACCCAACCACCAUAAUAAUUCACAUACCAAUAAUAUUAGAUUUAAGCCGUACGAUAUAAAGUCGAGCUCGAGUCAGUCGAGCCGGCGGCCCUCCAGCGCGCACUCCGCCAGCCCGCACGGGCAGCUCGUCGCCGGGGAGAACGGCAUGGGCCUCUACAGGUGCUACGUGUGCGCGGGGCUGUUCCCGCAGCAGUCGAUGGAGUGGCUGUCCACCUCCGCGGAGUACAUGAACUCGCACGCCAUGCACUUCCCGUGCCUGGGCGCGCGCGGCGGCCGCGUGCUGGCGUGCGCGCGCUGCGUGCGCCACCUCGCCACGCAGUGGGACCUCAUGGACGCAGAGAGGGUGCCGCUCGAGCACCGCAGGUACAACAUACCGUCGCCCCUACCGUCGAACUCGUCAAUGAACGGCGAGCGAGUGAUCCCGACGCCGCCGUCCACCACCUCCGACCGGACCGUCGCCAGCAACAGCACGUGCACGUCCAUCUACUGCUUCCUGUGCGGGCUGCACUCGGACUUCACGCUGGCGCGCGUGCUGUACGGGCAGCCGCAGGGGAACGCGCCCUACUUCCCGUGCCUGCUCACGCACCAGAGCCACCCCAACGCGGAGCAGCUGCGCGACAACGGCUCCGCGCUCGUCUGCACGUUCUGCUACCACUCGCUGCUCAACCAGUGGCGCCGGUACGAGGCGCUGGGCGGGCAGCCGGCGGAGCGCCGCGUGUACAACACGCACGACUACAACUGCCACCUCUGCGGCGUCAAGACGUACCGGAAGCGGGUGCGCGCGCUGCCCAUCAAGGAGUUCCCGUUCCUGGUGCAGCGACGGACUGAAAAUUCACUGCUGUUAGAGAACGGUGACUACGCUGUCGUGUGUCUAGAUUGUUACGAGAGCUUAAGGACGCAGGCGGCGGACUACGAGCGGCGCGGCGUGCCCGUGGACAAGCGCGAGUACAACUGGCUGCAGCAGCCGCCGCCGCCCGAGGACUCCGCCGACGUCACCAUCGCGCGCCUGCCCUCCGGGGACAGGUCCGACAAGCUGAUACCGCAAUCCCUGGUGCUGCAGCGCGGCUCCAGCAAGCGGCACAGCCCCAAGCAGGCCGCGGCGCUGCUGGCAGACCGCCGCCUCACCCCCAAGCUGGAGAAGGCUUCGGACGCAGGGCUACCGAGCAGCAAGAUCCCGAAGCGGGCUGAUCUCGCACCGAACAAAGGCGGGCCCUUUGCGGCAGCCCUGCGUACUCUAGCGAAAAACGCUGGCCCCGAAGCAAAGGACGGAGGUGGAGGCGGCGUCCCGAGCUCGGAGACCAAGGACAAGCCCCCGCCGGCGCAGCAGAAGCGAGCCUCGCCCCACCACCUGCCGACCAGCGGGUUCCAGCCCUAUAGACCGGACGAGAGAUUAUCGCAUCCUGCGGCGCCAUCGUUUCCACUGUUGGAGCCGUCUGCCUAUUCGCCGUACGCCCACCCCAGUCUGUAUUCUAGCGCCGCCCUCCAAUACAGGAUAGCAGCAGAGGAGCAGAUGUACUUGGAGCGGGUGUUCCGCAGCGGGGUCGGGGUGGGCUGGCUGCCGCCCUACGCGCUGUACCCGCCCCUCGCGCCCCCGCUGCCCCUCGUCCACCCGCACGCGCACGCACACGCGCACGCACUGCACGACGAGCGCGACAAGGAGAUCGCGCUGCAGCGGGAGCGGGACAGGGAACGAGAGCGGGAGCGGGAGAGGGAACGAGAAAGAGAAAGAGAACAACGCGAAAAAGAACAGAGAGAACGCGAGCGCGAGCGUAUGCACCGGGAGAAGGAGUCCCGCGCCCGGGAGGCCGUGCGCGAGGAGCAGCGGGCGCUGGCGGCCCUGCACGCGCACCCGCACCUGCUGCCGCCCUCCGUGUACUCCCUGCCGCGCCCGCUGCUGCCGCCGCCGCUGCUCUACCGGCCCGCCUACCGCCCCUACCCGCCCUACGAGCCGCGCCCGCACCCGCCCGCCGAGCCCGCCCGCACGCCCACCCCCACCGCGCCCGCACCCGCGCCCCCCGAGCCCGCGCCCUCCCCCGCCAAGCCCGACGAGCCGCCAGGUGAGGAGCCCGCGCCCGUCUGACCACCACAGCGCUCGGGUGUGUGACGUCAGCGCGCGUGACGUCACGGGGCGCCACCCGGACCUACACCCGGAAACUCAUUUCGUGAUCGUUUUAUGAAUAUAAUUAACAAAAAAUCUUUUCAGUUGAAAUUAUUCUAAUUUAUCGAUAAGUGUAAUAUAAUAGUGUUUAUACAUCGUGCUCGAUAUUGUUAUGGGGACACGUCUUCAUCUCGCGUUACAUAAUGGCGAUAGUUGAGUAACUUUUAAUAAAUUUAAUAAAACUGAUUACAAUAACAAAAAUCUAACAAAGACUGUAGGAUAUUUUUGUUACCAAAAACGAAUUACGUUUGAUUCUCUGCUAAACUUUAGUUAAGAAGUAGAAAAAUUUCACAGAAAAUAAAAAAUUAAAUUUUUAAAAAUAUUUGUAUAAAUAGAAAAACAACAGAAGCUAUAUGGAAAUGUACAUUAUCUUACAUAACAAUUAAAAAUGCCUCUAAAACAACGAAAUUAAAUAAUUACAAAUACCUAAUGAACACACUGCCGUUUUAUAUACUUCAAUUACUAUUUACACAAGUAAGGAACUAUUGCAACAAAUUUAUUGUCGUAUAAAAAUGUUUUUCUAAUGCGAAAAAUAUUUUUAUGAAAUCACUUGUUUGUUUAGUCCUUCGCAACGAAUUGUCGGUCGCGUCCGGAAACAUUGAAGGCGUGCUUCUGACAAGCGUACAGCUGUAUUGUCGUCCUGAUGAUUGCGACAGUGUAAGCCACAGGGCCCCUCGUGCCGUCCCCCUCAACCCGAUCCCCCCGGUCCCCUAUCCUAGGUCCCCUCUGCCCGGUCCCCCCUCGUCCCGAAUCCCCCACAUCCCGGUUCCUAAAAGUCUAAUUUUAUUCAACAGUUUUCUUGUCGACUAUCGAAACUGCUUUUUCUUAUUUAAGGACCUUGUUUCCUUAACCGUAGAGUUCACAAUCGUUAUGGCAAGUGUAAACAUCUGCCACACGCGCCUUACGCUGUCGCCAAUCGUCUGUUGUUUGAAUAUUAUGGUGAUUUUGGCCUAUCUGUGUAUCUGUGUACUCGUAACGAGCGCCGAGUGUUGUGCUGCCAAUAGAUUAUCGAUUUUGUUUAAUCGAUAAUGUUUUUUUUUUUGUAUUUGUGCGACGCAAUACAAUGUGUCGUUGAAUAUGUUGUUAUGAUUUGUAAUUAAAAUAAAGAUGUACACGUAUCUAUCUACACGUCUCUCUGAGCCGACAUCGGUCGGGUUGAGUAUUAUUCUGUUAUCGAUAAAAGAUUAUUUAUUUGAAAAAUUUGAAAAAAAACUUCGUUAUAUAAAUAAAAAAUCUUUGAUCGAUAAAGAAGCACGAUAUAAAAAAAAUAGGGUUAUUUUAAUAAAAAAAAGUAAUUCACUACGCUUAUAGUCAUUUCGAAAUUGUGACCGCGAAGUAAGUAAGGGUGCGCGCGGACGACGCUGCCUGGAGCAUCGCGCCGCCGCCGCGCCGUGUGUAAUGUACUUGUGUAUAAAUAUUAAUUAUUAAUUAUAAUAGUCCCGUCGUUUUUGGUAUAUAAUUUUAAUGUAUUUUCGCACUUGAUCAUGUAAUGAAUAAUAAUAAUAAUAAUAAUAAUUUGGUGAAUCGAUUCCCGAGAACGAAUCGGUACAUUGGCUUUGAUACUUACGGAUUUUAAUCGAUGUGUUGAAUCGAUUUUGUUUUUUGUAUUCGUUCGCGGCUCUAUGUUAAGUCGUCUGAUGUUAUAUAUCUAUAUUGAACUGCGUUUGUGAUAUGAGGUGCCGCGGCAGCACGCGACGCAGCAUCCGUCGAGCUAUUCAUUAGGUGUUCAAAUAGUUUUUUUUUGUAAUGUUUUUUUUUUUUUUCGUUUCGCAUUUAUGUACGCGGACGUGCGGGUCGCGGCCCGUGACGUCAUGUAAAUAUAUAAUUUAAUAGUUAGAUACGAUGUGGACAAUACCUAACAAGUGAAUGAGAUGAGAAACCUGAUUUUAUUGAGAAUACAUUCAAUGAAAUUAAACAAAAAACUUUUUUUUUCAUUGCAUGCUUCACCCGAGAGCGUCAAGCGAGUGUGUGACCUAAGUGUACCGGCAAUAUAGAUCAUAUUUCUGUAAAAAAUUGAUUUCAGACUUGCUCGCAUGACCCGCAUCAAGUGUGCUUUGAUGCGGGUCAUGGGGGCUGCGGGCCGGCGCGGGGUUGGGGGGGGGUGUGCGCCUCAUCUCCUAAUAAAUACGUACUCCGCUAUACGUUCUCGGUUAUUUUGUUGAUUUUUUAUUUAUUUUGAACCUUAUCCCCUUCCCUUCAAGGCUUAUAAUAGCGCAUGUAGUUAGCGAUGUAUUGUUGUAUGCUUUGAUAGAUGAUUUAUGUUUGAUGAACAUAUCUUUAGAUGGGUAAUGCGAUGUUUGUGAACUCCAUUCUCUAAUAAUUGCCAUAGUGUAAUUCUGUAGAGCGAGUCGCUGUAGGUAUCCGCGGAGGGCUCGGUCCCCCGGUCCCCGGCUGGAAUGUGGGGCGCGCGUACCAAAACUGAUGAGUUUUCGAUAAAACUAAAAACUCUUCAAUAUUUCAGUUAAUUUUUUUUAUUGCGUAAAUGAGUGAACAAUCUCACGGCCUACAUGAUUUAAAAUGAUUACCGGAGCUCAUACAGGUCACAUCCCGAAAGCUGCUACAUAUCUUGAGACAUGAGGUCGAAGUCUCAAUUGUAUUUUGUAACGGGCCUAGCCUCAAACAGAAAUGCGGGUCUGCUUCAGAGCAGAGAUAUAGCGCUGUGGUACCUUCCCGCGCGGACUCACGACGCACCCUACCGUCUGUGAAUAAUUGUGACUUCUUUUUAUUUUUUACAGCUUAGAUGGGUGGACGAGCUCACAGCCCACCCGGUGUUAGGUGGUUACUGGAGCCCAUAGACAUCUACAAUGCAAAUGCGCCACCCACCUUGAGAUAUAAGUACUAAGGUCCUCAAGUAUAGCUGUAGAGCAGAUCGCGGGUCCAAGGAUUUUAGGGCCCACCCACUAAACGACUCCCCUGCACUCUUACACCCGACGUCCGAUCUCCGUCCGGGGUCAGAACCCGGUCAGAGUAGGGGGGUUCCCGCGGUCAACCAGACACGCGGCGCCACCCCGAGGACGCACGACCGACGGGUCGGCGAGGCGAUAGUCGACGACCAACGACGUCGGUCUCCGCGGUACGGCGGCCCUACCAGGCCGCCCGGGCCCCAACCUUUCAAACUGAAACGCAUUACUGCUUCACGGCAGACAUAGGCGGGGUGGUGGUACCUACACCUGCGGACUCGCAAGAGGUCCUACCACCAGUAAACGUCAUUAUGGAAGUCAUAGUUAAUCGACCUGACACUUCAUAUAUAUGAAUAGGAUAAUCCCGGACAGUUUGUGCGAUCGGAUCUAGUGCAAUGCAUCGCGGUGGAUAAACGUAUUUUAGGCUGAAGGCAAUAUGUAUAUUAAGUUAAAAUCAGCUGACGCCUGAGGUCAUUGACCUCGUGUGGCGCCCAGAAAUGUUUAUUUUGAUUGUCAAUUUACGAAAUAAGCCCUUACUGUUUAAAAAGGGUCAACAAGUGUCCCAAAUAUUUGCUCAGCCUUCCAGAGGUAGCAGUCAGGUUGUGGUGUCUACAGCCGGUAACUUUACCAUCAGGCGGCGAGCGGAUAGGCAGCCAUGGCUAUAAAAAAUGAACUUACUAUUAUGAGUAUACUCUUCUUCUUCUUCUUCUUCACAGACGGCCACUGCUGGAUAUAUUAUAAUAUGAGUAUAAUCUAUCUAUCUAUAAAUAUAAAAAUGAAUUGCUGUUCAUUAGUCUCGCUAAAACUCGAGAACGGCUGGACCGAUUUGGCUGAUUAUGGUCUUGAAUUACUUGUAGACGUGCAGAGAAGGUUUAAAAGGUAGGUAAAUAUAAAAAUACCAGGAAUGAAAUAAAAAUAGCAAUUUUGUUUUUCCUUCGAUGUGUCCCCUGUCGGACGGAAUCCUUUUGUUUGUUUUAAGUUUAUUUUAUACAAAAGCUUAGGUCUUUUAUUUAUCGAUUGAGGCACUACGAAGUCUGCCGGGUCAGCUAGUCAUUUAUAAUUAACUCUACAAGGUAAAGUUUGGAUAUAGUUUGUUACUACCGUCUUAAAAUAGUUGCGCAAAACAAAAAGUUGCUUAGCGCAAGUUGAUUCAUUUAAGUAUGACAUCAUCUGGAGCCAAAAUAAGUGAUGGUAGUGGGUAGAUCUGCAUUAAUAAGAAAUGACUUCCCAUUCCACAUGAUGCGUUGUGAUUAGUGUUUAUGUUGACGAGAAGAACUGACACAUAUGAUAUAAUUACUUUGUGAUUUCAAUCAUUGGAUGAUCGGUUUCAUUUAUAUAUUUACUAAGACAUGUAAGGUUCAGUAUAUUGAUUUUUUUAUUGUUUACAUGGGUGGACAAGUUCACAGCCCACCUGGUGUUAAGUGGUUACUGGAGCCCAUAGACAUCUACGACGUAAAUGCGCCACCCAUUCUGCGGUAGGCAGCGGCUUGGCUCUGCCCCUGGCAUUGAUGAAGUCCAUGGGCGACGGUAACCACUCACCAUCAGGUAUGCUCGUCUGCCUACAAGGGCAAUACAAAAAAAACCCACCUUGAGAUAUAAGUUCUAAGGUCUCAAGUAUAGUUAUAGCUGUGUUGUUGCCAGCUGUGUCGUUUUUGCCUUUUGGCUGUUAGCGGGUACUAUAGUAUUAUUCCCGUGAAGUAUUGCUGUCCGUUUUGGGUAACUCUGUGAUAGAUUCUGGAAACUGAAUACCGUUUUCAGAUGCCAAAAAUAUUUCAACCAAAAAAGAAAUUGCUCAAUUUUCUCCUACCUAAUCGCCUAAUUGGUAGCAUAAGGGGCUAUUCCAACUUCGCCCGAACUGGUAGGUGAGCAUAGGGGCUUAACUGAAGAUCCGCCGAGUGGCCGCUCAGUGGGCGAAGAAAUUGCUGUUUGAAUCGAGUAGUAUAAAAAGCGUAGACUGGAUUCCUUCAAACUAUACAUUUUUCGGGUGUGAUGUUUUACUGCACGAUCUUAUUCCCUAAUCGUGGAACUCGGGUUUCUUCUUUGUUUUCUUCGUUAUUUUCUUAUAAAAAUGGGCGCCUGCUUGUGCGAUUUGUGUGGACUUUUCUAACAGCUAUCUUUACAUGUGUAUGAGUGUGCUCUUAGUAAUAUGUAUAGGUAUCUCUAAUAAAAAUGAAAAUGAAAACUCUCUUUUGACUUGUCUCCGCAGAUAAAAGAUGUUACUCCUUAGAAUGCGAAUUUUAUAAGAUAAUGAUGAGACAAAAUCAACUAGUUAUACAAUUUAAAAACAAAAUCGUCACAAAAGAAAUGAACCUCUUCUCAUCUUUCUGUUGUCUAUCAGUCAAUGUCACACCUUUCAAGAAACAUUAGGGAAUGUCGUCAAUACGUUUGAAACAUAGCAGACUGGCAAUUUGUUGCAAACGUCAAACGAAGAUUUUAUACCUAAAACACGUACAAAAUGCAAUCACAUGGCAAGGCCCAUACCAAACUUACAUGACAUAUCCAGGUUAAACGAAGAAAUUAAGCCAAAGGACUCUAAAACAGUUUUAGACUUAGUUAUCGACAAUGUAAGAAGUAAGUCUUCUAAAGAUUUGGUCUUCGGAACUUUAACGGGAUGGAUGACAGGCAUAAUGGUCGUCAAAGUGGGGAAAGUGGCUGCUUUUGGGCUAGGCGGGAGUGUGUUGCUCCUGCAUAUAGCCUGCGAGUACGGGUAUAUAUGUGUUAACUGGGAACGCGUCAGAGAGUCUGCUGGUUCGAGUCACGUGUGGUUGGAGAAGCUGAUAAAAUUCGUUAAGAAGAACAGUUGUUUCUCUGUUGGGAUGCUCGGCGGAUUCUUCUUCGGCGUCGCGUCUACUUAAUUUGGUUGAGGAUUUUGUUCAAUUAUAUAUUGUUGAAAUGUAAUAAUAGCUUUAAUGUUUA